UGCGAUCACGAGGUCACGAUUUGUCUCUAACCAAGUCGCAAGGCCGGGCUCGGUUUCGCUAUACCGUUGCGCGAAAACCAAUGCGAAUGCAUUUUCUACAGUUUUGCACCCGGAUCGAGGGGAAAUUACGAGCGAAAUUUCCAUCAUGGCCAGCUCGAUGGAAAUGGUGUGCAAAACUCUCGGGAUUGACAGAGUAAAUAUGGACGGCAAAAUGGUUCUGUUCGUGGAGCAACACGGUAGCAACGCAAACUUUCUGGUCAACGCUGUAAUGUCAAAUGCGUUGAAGAAGAAGAAUGCUGUUUGUCUGGUUCUAUGUCACAAUACCUUCGGUCACUAUCACAAUAUCGGUGCAAGGUUUGGCUAUAAUCUUUUGUCUCUGAAAGCAAAGGGUCAGGUUACCGUUGUGGAGCCAAUGAAAAUUGUGACUGGCAAUGUUGUCGGUAUACGUGCGGAUUCGGUAGAUAACGAAAGUAUCAUUGCGGAUAUUAUUUCUCGAGAACAUAUGGACGUUGUACAUAGGCUUUUUAUACACAUUAGAAAGAGUUAUGAGGAAGCAGCUAAGUUUAAUGCAUCUGUGGUUCUUGUGAUCGAUGAUAUAAGUCAUCUUUUUGAUUUAGGCCUAGGUAUACGUGAUGUCAUGUAUUUGAUAAGAUACUUAAGGUCGUUUAUGGUGUCACAUGGUACAUCGAAGCUUUAUAUUCUCACACAUACGUAUCAAGAAGAUCCAAAGAUCUCAGAUGCAGACACGGUUGCUAAUUGCUUGAAACAUAUGGCGCAUCUGUGUGUCACAACUGAGCCACUUACGACAGGUUAUUCUGGCGAUGCAUCUGGCAAACUAACUAUAAGUUGGAGAACAGAUUGCAUUAGGUUGAAAUAUCAUUGGGCGGAGAAAGUAGCAUAUUUAUUUAAGCUGUUGGACUGGCAAGUAAAAGUCUACGCGCCUGGCGAAGCGUCUGUUUUGUCAUAAAGAUUUAAUUUAGUGAUUUAGUUAUAUAAUUUCUGCAUAUGAUUUUAUAUAUAUAUAGUACUUUUGUAUGUAUAUAAUUAAAAAUUGAGGAUAAGUACAAGGGACUUACUGUAACUUAACAUAAGAUAACUCUCAGUUAUUUUAU